CGCAGUCAACCAAUAGCCUACUUGGAGAAGUUGACUAUUUGGAGCCACAAACUAAACUACAGCGUACGUACUACUCCACAUAACUCUGGAAGCGUGUGAUUGCCUCGCCUGCUGGAAUGGCUCCAUUACUGAGCUGGUCAUGUAGACCGCUUCUACUGCCUCUUAUUGGAAUAUGUUUCACACAAUUUGCAAAAGCAGAUGGAGUGAGGUCUGAACUCCACAUAUUCCAUCACUCAUGCGCCCUGAAGAAAGACGAAGGGCCGUGCAAGGCAAUAAAGGACAGGUUCUACUUUGACAUUGACACAGGUCGCUGUGAACUCUUUGAAUACGGAGGCUGCCAAGGCAAUGCAAACAAUUUUGAGACCCUGCAGGUGUGUGAGGAAAUGUGUCUUGUGAAAGAGGAUAAGAGUCCAUGCCAUCUGGAGGAUGAGCCGGGGCCGUGUCGAGGACUGGUGCCUCGUUAUUAUUUUGAUAACAAGAGCAAGGAAUGCAAGCGAUUCUUUUACGGCGGCUGCUUUGGGAAUGCCAACAACUUCAAGACUAUAAAAGAAUGCCAUGAGAGAUGUCUACCUGCCUCAAACCACAUGGAACAAAAUGCUCCAUUAAAGCCAGAGGAAGAAGAAGCCAAACCCAAAACAGAACCUCUCAUCAAACAUGUUGAAGCUCCUUUGAAUGCAUCACAUUUGCCAAUGCAGAGAAUGUCCCAACCAUCUGCACAGGAACCAGAGUUCAAUCCCCCAGAAUUCUGCUUGAGUCCAGUUGAUAGGGGCGAUUGUGAUGGCUCUGUGAGGAGAUACGUUUACAACCCCAGGACUGAGAGAUGCCAGAUGUUUCGUUACAGUGGCUGUGGAGGCAACAAAAACAACUUUGUCCACAAGAGACACUGCAUGAAAAUGUGCAUGAAAGAUCACAGCCGGAGGAAGCAAAUACGGAUAAAGACGAAGAACUCAAAUAUCUUAUUCCGAUCUGUCUAGGAGGACAUGUACAGUAUUCUUCAUGAUACCAAAUCCUAAACCACUCUUUAGAGAGGAAA